AUGUAUUACAACCAAACGAAGAAACCUUCCUUGUUGUUCUUGAAUCUUUUGCAGGUGCUGAAAGCCAUUGAAGAAGGAUUCAUACACUUUGAAUCAAUGCAAAAAGAAUAUAGAAUUUCCCUAAAAAUCGAUCAUUAUUUGGGGGUUUUAGCCAUUUCUAGGAAAUCUGGACACCUUGAUCAAGCUUUGGAGUACAUUCUGACAUUACCGUUUGAACCCACAUCAGAAAUUUGGGAAGCUGUAAUGAACUAUGCUCGAAUCCAUGGAGAUAUCGAUCCUAAUGAUAGAGCCGAAGAGAUCUUAAUCAACAUUGAUCCAUCAAAUAUUGAUCUAAAAAAGAUUCCAACACCACUUCCUAAGAAAUUUCCUACCAUUAACAUGCUUGAAGGUAAGAACAGGGUGAGCGAGUAA